AUGCCGACAUAUCCCAUCCGCCGCCGACCGCGCGAGUGUAAGACCUGCCUGCCAUGCCGCGCGAGCAAAGUCCGCUGCGAUCGUGAAGUUCCUUGUGGAAAUUGCGUCAAACGAAACUUCACAUGUUCCUACGGUCGCCCAUCAUCAUCCAAGAGGCUCUCCAUACCAACGGUAUCCCUCAAUGCACCCUCCGCACCGUCACAUUCCCAAUUUGUUUCCCCCGCUGUCGGAUCCUCCUACUCGAUUCCCUCGCAUGAUGCCUCUUACGCUGUUGAUCAGCACUCUGGGAUGAGUGAUGAGUACGACCCAGAUCUCCCGGAGAUGAUCGAUGUUUCACAGAACGAAUGGGACGAGAUAAAUUCCAAGAUGGUCGCCAUGGAACAGAUCCUUGGGAGCCUUCAUUCGCUUUUCAACACACACUCCUCGCGAAAACGAAGCGAGGACCAAGGCAUGGAACGAAAGGAUUCUACCCGGUCGGAGGGUGUUUACGGAUCGAACGUGUUGAGGACUGGACCGGUUCAUCUUGGGGCUAGAUCCGCAUUGGUAGACAUUUUGGACAAAUCUAAGAGCUCAGAAGAUGCAGCGCAGGCGCUGCCUCAGGAGGAUCUGUUAGCGGAACUAGCGCUAGGCAAUGAGUCUGUUGCGUAUCCAUUUGUGGAUCUGUGGUCGUCUGAUCCGUUCACUUUCAAUAUCGCUGGAGUGUGCUUGGUUCUUCCGGACGAUGAUCAAUGUCGGAGGUUUGUGAAGUUCUAUAAGGAUAUCGGUGCGGUGUUGUACCCUGUACUACCAGAUCUCGCUGAGCUGGAGCGGAAGACAAGUCGCCUACUAUUGGGAAGACAGCAGGCCGGUGGUGUAUAUAAACCAGAUGCCAAUGGACUAGUUAAGCCAUUUGGAAUAGAGUUGCCAUUUCUCAGUUUGCUGUUCGCCGUCCUGGCCUCCGGGUGUCAAUUGUCUGACCUGCCAGAACGCGACCGUGAGCUGACAUCAUGGGUAUACGUAUCUUGCGCAUACCAAUGCCUUCGCAUGUUGAAUUAUGUCUCGCAACCCACGGUCGAGGUUAUACAGAUUCUACUCAUUAUCAGUAAUGUUUUGUCAUAUAACAUGAAUGCUGGAUCAUCCUACACUUUGCUGGGCAUGACGGAACGUAUGUGUCUUGUCCUGGGACUUCAUGUCGAGACCACAGGCUUUACACCCGAGGAGGAAGCUGUUAGAAGGCGUAUCUGCCAACCUGAAAUUCCUUUUGAUCCUAAAUCGAUGCCGGGACAUCGCACCUAUUUUGAAACAUUGUGUCGGGUCGUGUCGCUCGCAUUGGAGGUGUUGCGAUCACGAAUGCAACCAAAUUCUUCCCAACCACGAUUCCACGAAAUCCAAGAAUAUAAAGAUCGAAUUCAGCGCAUGCUUGCAGAAGCCACGCCGCAUCUGCGACAUCGAGAGAACUGCUUUUCUUUGGCCCAACAUAUCGAACGAACGGAGCUCCGCCUCCAUUCUUCAUACCUGCUUUCUGUCCUCUGUCGUGUGUCAUUAGACUCGCAUGCACAUCUAGACGAACAUCGCAGAGCUUUGAUUCGGGAGGACUGUAUCACCAGCUUGAUUGAUACUGUGGAUGCGUUUGUGGAGUUGCAUGAAAUCAACAUACACUGUUCCCGAUCUUGGAUUAGUUUGCAAAGAUCAAUCGCCUCGGCUUUCUUGCUGAUCACCAAUGAUGAUGGUCCACGGACGUGGGAGCUCAUCAAUCGACUGGAAAAGGUCUUGGCCGACCAUGUAUACGCUGACGGCGACGCCGAUCAUAAUAACCGCACAGAUUCCGCGACGCAUCUUGCAUCUUCUCUUCGCGCCUUGAGGGAAAUCCGCGAGGCAUUCUGCGCCCGUAAACCUGCACCACCGACCGCAGAACCAGACCAGUAUCAUUACUCCGCUCUCAUUAUGCCUUCCCCGCCAUCGAUCGAUACGAGUCCUGAAUUGCCCGCAAACUUCGCAACCGCCGGUACCGCUCUGCCGAUGGACGAUUGGAGUAUGCGCAAUAUUUUAGGUCGUGUGUCGGAUGUCAUGUUGUUUCCGAGUAUGAGUGGGGGUCCAGCAAUUUAG